CACCCUGCCAGUGUCGCCUGUGGACAGUUUUUCAUCUGUGAACUCUCCUCCUACCUCUGCUUUUCAACAUCUUGUUUAUGGGUGCGACAUCACAGCCAUUUGAAACAGGAGGACUGGCCCUCGACCUCUCUCGCUCUCAUUUCCUCCUUCACCAGAAACCAACAUACAAUAAAGAAGAUGUCUGACGCUCUUUGUAUUGCGGGUUCGUUGUUCGGAUCUGCACAAGGACAACAAGACUGUGGUUCCUGUUACAUGAUUUAUAUGGGCUCUGUAGUGGGCAUCAUUGCCUCUGAUAUCAUCUUGACCAUCUUCAUCACCAUUUCUGUGUUCUGCUUUGCGACUCACCACAAGAGAAGGAGGGAGUGGGACUCUCGUGAUGGUAAAAGAAAUCUGCCGUCAUCAGUACCAAAGAAAAUGGCAACAGAGGUCACAGAAUCUCCCUACCAGGAGUUACAUGGAGUCCAAUCAGACGUGUACAGUGAGCUUCGGCAUUUUAGGAAAUGAAACAAUGUACGGAACUAUAAAUAAUCCCAAUAAUGCCUUGUUUGCAAGCUAUAAUACCACACACUCUUCUACACACACCUGGUGCGUGUGAGCCACUUGUACUCCUGCAGCAAUAUAAGUAAUAACAUACAUUAUGUGUAUGUAUUUUUGCAUGAUUUAUUGUGCUGCGCUGAAUGUAAUGUUUACUGCAUGAUAUUCUUGUUUUUUGUAAAUGUUAAGCUAUCUUCAAAUAUGUAUUUCUAUUUAACUGAUUAUAAAUUAAACUACAUUUUAAA